AUGGGUGGAUCACCCCCUUGCGGCGAUUCGGUGAGAGCAGUCAAAGACCAUCGAAGGCAAGCCACCACUUCCCAACGAUGGCCCCAGAAACAAGUCGACGAUCAGCCGAUCAUUUUUUCGUCUGACGAUACACUCGGCGUGCACCUCCCUCAUAACGAUCCUUUGCUCGUCGUGCUCGGCAUCGACAAGUACGACGUCACGAAAGUACUUAUCGAUACCGGGAGCUCGGUCGAUAUCAUCUUCCGCGAAACCCUCGUGAAAAUGGGAAUUGAUCUCAAUGACGUCAAGCCUUCUACUCGUACCUUGACAGGAUUCAACGGGUCGUCAGAGGUAAUCGCAGGCACGAUCCGCCUCUCGGUUCACGCAUGCGGAGUCACACGAACGGUCAAAUUUUAUGUGGUCGGCUCCAAAGCCCCUUACCACGUUAUACUUGGCACCCCGUGGCUGCAUUCAACGCGAGCAAUCGCAUCAACCUACCAUCAGUGUGUUAAGUUCCCAGGAUCAGACGGGUCGAUCAAAACUCUGAAAGGCGAUCAGCAGGCUGCGCGAGAUCUCCUAAUCGCCGCGGUUAAAAUUCAGCGCUCCCAGUCACUCGUCAACUCGGUCUCUCCCCUCGCGAGCAAAGUUUGUCCGCAAAAGGAAGAGGUUCUGGAAGUACCAGUCGACGACUCGGACCCGAGCAAAUCAGUCCGAGUAGGUGCAUUUCUACCCGACGAGAUGCAACAGAAGAUCCUCGAGUUUCUUAAGCAAAACCUGUCCUCAUUCGCCUGGACAAUGUCUGAUAUGAAAGGAAUCGACCCGGCUAUCACAACUCACGAACUCAACGUUGACCCAAACUUCAAGCCCAUCCGGCAGAAGAAAAGAAAGUUGGGACCGGAGCGAUCCAAAGCAGUCGCAGAAGAAGUCGAGCGUCUACUCGGUGCCGGCUCAAUUACUGAAAUCCUGAUGCACCCAGACGACCGGGAGAAAACCGCGUUCAUCACUGAUCGGGGAACCUACUGCUAUAAGGUGAUGCCAUUCGGUUUAAAAAACGCUGGAGCAACCUACCAGAGGCUUGUCAAUCGGAUGUUUGCCGAUCAGCUAGGGAAAACGAUGGAAGUCUAUAUCGACGACAUGCUCGUCAAAUCCCUCCGAGCCGACGACCACCUAGCGCACUUAAAGGAAUGCUUCGCCAUCCUAAACAAGUACGGGAUGAAGUUGAAUCCCGCAAAGUGCACCUUUGGCGUCUCCUCGGAAGCUAACCCGAAGCAGAUCUCAGCAGUCCUAAAUCUCUCCAGUCCGAGGAACUGCCGUGAAGUGCAGAGGCUAACAGGACGCAUCGCCGCACUCAAUCGCUUUAUCUCCCGCUCUACCGACAAGUGUCUCCCUUUCUAUGAUCUCCUCCGAGGGAACAAGAAGUUCAUUUGGGACGACAAAUGCGAGGACGCAUUCGUUCAACUUAAGAAGUACUUGACAACUCCUCCCGUCCUGGCCAAACCGGACGUAGGGGACGUCCUGUCUCUCUAUAUCGCUGUCUCCUCAGCAGCUGUCAGUAGCGUCCUAAUCAAGGAGGACCGUGGCGAGCAACGUCCGAUUUUUUACACGAGUAGACGGAUGACUGGUCCGGAGACCAGAUACCCAACCCUUGAGAAACUGGCUUUGGCCGUCGUCGAUUCUGCGAGGAAAUUACGACCCUACUUCCAAUCACACUCUAUCGAAGUGUUAACCGACCAACCGCUCCGCACCGUCCUGAAAAAUCCCAACAGAGCUGGCCGGUUGACUAAGUGGGCGAUCGAACUGAGCGAGCUUGACAUUACGUACAAAUGCCGAACAGCCGCCAAAUCUCAAGUCCUCGCCGACUUCCUCGUAGAGCUCACACCAGAUCUUGCACAAGACCUCGACAGUCCAAGCCCCAAUUGGAUUCUUCACGUCGACGGAUCAUCAACGAGCAAAGGAUCCGGUGCGGGAGUCCAGCUUCAAUCGCCAACAGGAGAACUCAUUCGCCAGUCUUUCAGUUUCGGCUUCCCGGCCUCUAACAACGAAGCAGAAUACGAGUCGUUGAUCGCCGGUCUCCGUCUCGCCCGAGCCGUCAAAGCCAAACGCUUGAGUGCCUAUUGCGACUCGCAGCUCGUAGCUAGCCAGUUCAGCGGCGACUACGAUGCUCGCAAUGAAAGAAUGGACGCAUAUCACCAAGGUCCCCCGCGGAGAGAACGUUUGCGCUGA